AUGUCACUCUGGAGAGCAUACCAAGGCCUCUCUUCAAAGGCAAGGCUUGGUGUAGGUGUCGGGCUACUCGGAUGGGGGCUCAUUGGCCUGUACAUGUCUGACCGUGCAGAAGAGAGGUUUGGCUACACCCCAUCCGAACAGGAUAAGGCCGCGUUGGAGAUGAUGAAACCCAAGAUCCACGUAGUAGACCGUGACGAGAAGCCAUGA